CAUACAUGGAAGUGCGCAUCUCGAAAAAUGUCAAAAUGGGAAGUAACGACCAAAUAUAUUGGUUUUUGUUGCUGUUUGUUUUGUUGAAAUCAUGUCAUUCAGAGUUAUUGUGCAAUAAUAGUAAAUGUUUGUAUGGGAGCGAUUACUGCGGGCAGGACAGAGGGUGUCUCUAUGGAUGUCAGCCUGGAUUUUCUGGGAAAAACUGUGACAGAACCUGCUCAUCGGGGUGCAUUGAGUGUGAUUGGAAUGGUUACCAUGAAAACUGCACAAUGUGUGAGCCAGGUAGAUAUGGACCGGGCUGUACAGAAAUCUGCAGCACACACUGUAAAAUAAGCCCGUCUAAGUGUGACCAGUUCGGUCGCUGUAUCUACGGUUGUAACCUGGGCUGGAGAGGCGACAAGUGUGAGGAGCAGGACUGUGAUUUUGAUAACUGUGUUCUCUGUGACAUCUCCUACUACAAUAACUAUAUCUAUUGUUCAGUGUGUACGGAGGGGAAGUUUUGGAACAUAAGCUCUCAUUCCUGUGUUAACUGUAGUGAUUUCUGUGUGGGAGGAAGCCUAGCAUGCAAUACUACUACAGGGGCUUGUAAGUAUGGGUGUAAAUAUGGAUACUUUGGCAAUAACUGUGACAGAAGAUGUACACUAAGUCACUGUAACACUUGCAAGGAGAAUCCUUAUAAUAAUAAUGCCGUCUAUUGUUCAGCCUGUGAUGAUGGAUAUUUUUGGAAUAGCAGUUUCUGUGACAGAUGCAAAGGUCAUUGUAUAAAUGGAAAGUCCUGUGAUAAGUCAUCAGGGAAGUGUACAAAUGGCUGCUCAACUGGCUGGUAUGGAAACAUGUGCAAUCGUGAAUGCUUAAUUCAGAACUGUCUGCAAUGUGCAGCAAAGGUAGAGACAAUGCCACCUACUUGUCAACAAUGCAGUGCUGGUUUUUACUGGAAUGGGACAAGUUGUAGAGAAUGCAGUAACAAAUGUAAAGGAGGUCAGCAGGCCUGCAAUGGGACUACUGGCAGAUGUCUUAAUGGGUGUGAGUUUGGUUAUUUUGGAAGUCAUUGUACAUGGAAAUGCAGUCCUUAUUGUGCGGGAGGGGGAUCGUGUAAGGAGGAUUCUGGACAUUGUACUUAUGGGUGCAAAGAAGGAUGGUAUGGUCUACAGUGUGACAGGAGAUGUCCUCCAGAGUGUACACUAUGUCAAGUAUUUAUAGACACCGGGAAGUGUUCAGAGUGUUUUUCUGGCUGGUACGGGACCUUAUGUGAUAAACCAUGCAGCCCAAACUGUAAAAGAAAUUCUUAUAGUAAUUACUUACAUUGUAACAAAGACACGGGCGUAUGUGUGGAUGGUUGUCUGGCAGGGUUUUAUGGUGACACAUGCAAUUUUACUUGUAGUGAGCACUGUUCAUUUAAGGAGUGUUUUAGAGAAAGUGGAAUUUGCAAAUAUCCAUGUAGUGUUUACAGAUUUGGCAACUACUGUGAGAAAACUUGCCCAAAGAAUUGUAAAUACCAGUCAGACGACAAAAAAGCAUGUAACGAAAUUACAGAAGUGUGUGUUUAUGGUUGCACAGAUGGUUUCUAUGGUGAUUAUUGCAAUAAAACAUGCCCUUCAUUCUGUGAAAAUAAUCAAUGUGAUAGAGUAUCUGGGAUUUGUUUGAACUGCAAGCCAACAUUUUAUGGAAGAUUUUGUAACAAAACUUGUCCUGUCGAUUGUAAAAAUGACAGGUGUAACAAUUUAGAUGGUUCUUGCAAUGAGGGGUGUACUGAUGGCAAGUUUGGAAAAUACUGUGGUUCCUCCUGUAGCACUGAAUGUGUAGGAGACACCUGCUUCCAUCAGAAUGGCUAUUGUGACCAGGGCUGUCAUGCUGGGCGAUAUGGAUUCGAGUGUCAGCAGCAGUGUAGUGAGAACUGUCUGGAUAACGUGUGUGAGCAGAUGUCGGGGAAGUGUAGCAAAGGAUGCCAGCCAGGGUGGACCGGGGAUAAAUGCAAUGAAAAAUGUGUUCCUGGCAGGUUUGGUGUGAACUGUGACCAGAAGUGUGGGACCUGUAAGAACAAUGAGGUCUGUAAUGACAAUACUGGGAUGUGUCCCCACGGCUGUGCUGAGGGAUAUACUGGAUCCACCUGUCAAAUUGCUCUAAGAAGUGUGGAAAAUGUCAGAGAUAAGGAUGCAGAUACCAUGGCCAUAGCAGGAAGUGUGACAGCAGCCAUUUUGUUGACUAUUUUGACAAUAGUCAUAGUAACAAUCAUUGUCAGACGGAAGCAUGUACAUUUUUGUGGUACAUGUUCAAAGCCACAGAAGAGCAACGGUUCCCUUGAAGAUGAGAACCACCCACCAGAGGAGGGUAUCCCCUUACUGCCUCUUUGUCCGUGCCGGACAAGUACUCAAGUACCAGAGACUGACAGAAAUACCUAUGGAUUCCAAAUGGAAAAUACUGGCACUGCCAUUAGAAAUGCAGACAGAGGAUUUCCACAAGAUGACGGUCGGAGAAGUUUUGUCCUUGACACUGAGUCUUUACAGAUCUUCUCCGAAGCAACAUUCCAACAAAUGCCUUUAGACAUUUCUCUAAACACAGGGAGGUAUAGGAGUCACAGUGUGCUGGUUAAAUGUCUUCACAAAGAGAGGAAUAAAAACCAGAUGAGAAAAUUUCAUAAUGAACUAGAAAUCUUGACAUCUUUAACAGAUGAGCAUCCCAACAUUUUCACUUUGUUUGGACACUGUGAAGACGAAAGGUGUGAAUACAGUGUGUUUGAGAGCUGUGAUCAAGGUGACUUGAAGCAGCAUCUGAAACAACUCCGAUACAGUAGUGACAAUCCACCAGAUGUUACCUUUAAACACCAAGCCUCAGAACUCAUGUCUUAUGUGUUAGAUGUUUUAUCAGCAGUCAUUUUCUUGAAAGAAAAAAUGAUAAUCCACAGACUUGUAAUUCCUAUGAACAUUUACCUUUUUUCCCAUGGAAGGGCCAAGCUUGCCAACUUCAAUUUUGCCAUUAAUUCUACCUUAGAAUCUCAACCAGAACCAAUUCCUAGGAAAUACUACCCCUGGCUGGCAGUGGAAUCUAAAAGAAGAAAAAUUUAUUCAAAUGAGUCUGAAAUAUGGACAUUUGGGGUGCUGCUUUUAGAAAUUGCCAGCCUGGGAUAUAGUUUUCCUGAGGAAGAAAAUGAGUUUUACCUCAUGCCUCCUAAAUCAUGUAUUAGGAAAUUACUUCGUUUAAUGGAGUCUUGUUGGAGAUUGACUCCUUCAACCAGACCAACAUGUCAGGAAGUUUACAGCCAACUCAAGACCAUCAGCCAAACUCUUGCCGAUCACCAGGAGGAUGAAUCCGUUGUCAUGACAACUCUAGUUUAAGAAAGGGUUGUAAAUAUAAGCUCAUUAUCCUGACCAAGCUCAGAAGCUCAGUGACCAUUUCUUCCCAUUUAAAAACCAUCAAUCAAGAUUGUCAUUAUUGGAAUGAUUGCAUUCCUGAUAUCUUUUGAUAUAUAUUUUACUUAUUACUCUUUUUUGAGCACUAGUUCCCAUCAAAACUUUUGGAAACAGUCCCUGUCUACAACCAAGCUAUAGAAUGAGACAUUGUUAUACAAUGUAUUUGAAUAUUGAUAUUAAUAGAAAGUCCUUAAUUGUGAGUUUGUUACCCAUAUAAUGAGGAUUUGUGUUCUUAUACAUUCAUUUACAUGUACAUAUCAACACAGGUUUUGUAGUAAUGUUACUUAGUCAAUAGGAAGUGUUUUCUAAUUGAUGUUUCAUGAUCAUAUUUACAGCAUUACUCAGAAUAUUUACCUUUUUCUUUUUUAUAUAUUUAUUUACAUCUCGUUUUCUUUGAUUAUGUGAGCUUUUCUACAUACAUUUUAUGUACAUCGGACAUUAUAUAAUAUUAUCAGUUAUUAUUUUUUAUUUAGAAAAUGAAUUGCAAAGUUAUUUUAUCAGUAUUUUCCCAGGUUGUGUGUUAAGAUGAUUAGUCUUAUAUUAAAGCCAUGUAUACAGGUUGUGAAGACUUUGAAAUGGAAUUUUAUUUUAAAAGAAAAAUAUUUUAAUUUGUUUCUAUGUUUGUAAAAUCAAUUUAAUCAAUUCUUUAAUUUUACAAUUGUACGAGACAGAAAGCUAUGUACCAGUACCAGGACAAAAUAUUAGUCUUUUAAUCAUGUAUAAAGGAUGUGAAAAUGAAGAAAUGAAAUAUUAUUCAAACUGAAUUGCAAACUUUUAAUUUAUAUGCUUGUAAUUUUUUUCUUUAUUGAUAUGUGAAUUCAGGUAUUGUGUUGACACUAAUUUUUAGGGGGUUGUAGGCAUGAAUAGACCCUGAUUUUGUUGUACUCCAUGAAAUGAAGAAUUUCAAACAGAGAACAACUCUACACUACCUAAUCCUCAAAAUCUCAGCCAACCAAAAUAUUUUUCCUCAUACCAUAAAAAUAUGACCCCCUACAAAAAUAAGUAAUUUUACAGCAUUACCAGGGUAAUUCCACAAUUACAUGUAUACUAGACAGAAUAUGUGUAUAAUUUCAUCUUUACCUCGGUCUUGUAUUAGACACAGUAUAUAAACACAGUAAAAUAUGCAUUCCAGUCCAGAAUAAUAAUUGAUAUUCAUUGUGUUUGUGAUAAACAAGUGUCAUUAGGAUUCAUAUUCAGCAGGCUACCACACAACUUUAUUGGGCAGAAACAUAUAUACCUGUAUAUACCUGUAUAUACCUGUACUGCUAUAAAACAUUCCAGGUGCCAUGACUUUUACAUUGCUGCUUAAAAAAUGUAUUCUUAUACUGAAUCUUUAUGUACAUGCAUGUACAAGUAAAACUGGAUUAUAAAGAAGUAUAACUGGGACUUCAAAUUCUUUUUAUCUUUAAAUUUUAUAAGAAACAUAAUGAAACUAUGGAACUGGCACCAAAAAAAAGUUCCCCAUAUAAACCAAGAUUUCUUUACUAACAGGUGCUCUUUAAUCAGGUUUUGUUGUAUAUGGAAGAACACUGAAUAUUUAAAAGGCAUCUGAAAUCUUGCAAAACAAUAAUAGUAUUCAAUAUAAAUUGCAAAACUAUAAUUGUAAUGUACACAUAUCUACAAAUAUACUUAUCAUAUUUAUAUAAAUUUAUAUUAAUAUGUGAAUGGAUUUGCAAUCUUGCACAAAAGAAUGGAAUAUUUUUGAAAAUAAACAUAUUUUUUAUGGAGAGUGAAGAACAUUUAUAUAGAAUAUAUCAUAUGUUGUUUAUUUUUACUUUGGUUAUGUUUUGUAUGUAAGAUGGAACUCAUUAUUGCAAUGUUGUGAACCAUUUGUUUGUUGCAGUAAAUGUUACAAUACUGAAUGUAAAAAAAAAAAUAAAUAUUCAGAAUUUUUUUAGUAGUUAUGCAAAGUUCAUAAAUUUGGCUGAAAGGUAUUUUGUUUAUGUACAACUGUAUGUAUACUGCUCAUCAAAUU